AUGUCCCUCCUCGAUCCCCUCGCACAUCCACGCCUGAGCUCGACCUCCUCUGCUGCCUUCUCGUCGUCUUCCCCGAGCAGGAGCUCAUGCCCGAGCUCCUCCGCCACUAGCAGCUCCGCGGCGCCGCCUCCCUGCCGGCCCCGACCUUGCCUCGCCGCUCCAGCGAGUCCCCGACGAGAAAAUGAGUGCCCCGCACUGCCCUUGCUUCCUUCUCCUCCCUGCCCUCCUCUUUCCUUCUCCUUCGUCAUCGCUCUUCUUCCCGCGGCUCACCUCGUCUGUCUCUCUCUCUGCUUCACAGGAACACCGACGCCACCGAACCAGCACCAUGAGGACGCCACCAUCGCCUCCUCCAUCGGACCUCCUUCACUCCGCCGCCCAGCCGCCGGAUCCGCCCGUUCCGGCCGGUUCCCGCCCGGCGCCGCGCCGAACCCAUGCCUCCUCCGCUGCCGUCCCCGAGCUCCCUGCUUCCUCACGCCUUCCUUCCCUGCUGCCGAAGUCAGCCACGAGCGAGCGCCCGAGCCCAUGUGUCGAGCUCCUCCUCUGCUCGCGCAGGAGCGUCUCGUCUCCGUCACCAUGCGCCGGCGACCCAAGACCAGGCGCCCCCAGCAGGCAGGCCCCCGUCGCGCCCUCUCCUUCAUCCUUCCCCUCCUUCCUGUUUCUCUAACCUCCCGUGCUCUCCCUGUCUUCUCUGUUGGACAGGAGCAACCAGGGCGUCCCGGAGCUCCAAUCACCGCCAAGUCCAAUCGCCGGCCAGAUCCAUCGAGUCCCGGCCAUCUCCAUUGUUCUCGGUCCUCCCCGCCACCCAAGUCCCUCGGCCCCGCCGCCUCGCCAAGUCCCCGCUGCCGCCGUCGUGCCCUGCUUCUGCCUCGCCCGCUCCUCUCUGUACGCGAGGGAAACGAGCGCUCGACCGCGUGCGUUGACCGCGCCCGCGUGGACUAG